AUGGACCGCCUCUGUUUACUGUUGUUUUUUACUGCAUGUUUUCUUAGUACCCAUGCAGGUGUUCAAGGAAUUGGUGUGAACUACGGGCUGUUGGGGGAUAAUCUUCCACCACCAGGUCAAGUUAUAGCUCUCUUAAAAUCUAGAAACGUCCAGAAAAUUCGAAUUUUCGAUCCCAAUACCAAUGUCCUAAAGGCUCUAGAAGGUUCUGGUGUCGAAGUUGUCGUUGGAGUACGGAACGAAGACCUGCAACAGCUCGCGGCCGAUCCAUCCUUUGCAAAAAGUUGGGUUAGCACCAAUGUUGUCCCACACUCCUCUUCAGUGAAGUUCACAUACAUAUCGGCUGGCAAUGAAGUCAUUCCGGGGCCUUCAGCAACUUAUGUGCUUGGUGCCAUGCAAAACCUUGAUGCUGCAUUGCAAGCUGCCAACAUUGCCAUACCAGUUAGUACUGUAGUUUCCUUACAAGUGCUGGGAUCAUCAUAUCCUCCCUCUAGCGGAGCAUUUUCUGACAACACGACUAUGAGGCCAAUUGCAGCAUUUCUGGCAGCCAAAAAAAGCCCUCUUCUUGUCAAUGUGUAUCCUUACUUUGCAUACAUUGGCGAUCCGACCAACGUCCCAUUGGAUUAUGCGCUUUUACAGGGUACGGCUAAUGGUGUGGACGAUGGAACAAAUCACUAUACUACCCUGUUUGAUGCCAUGGUUGAUGCAACGUAUGCUGCACUAGAGAAGGUGGAUGGAUCUGCGGUUGAGGUGGUUGUGUCAGAGACUGGAUGGCCGAGUGCCGAAAAUGGUGACGUGGCAACCAUAAAUAACGCUCAAACGUAUGUCAAUAAUGUGAUAGCUCAUGUGUCAUCUGGACAGGGAACGCCAAAAAGGCGGGGCAAGGCUGUAGAAACCUUUUUGUUUGCACUAUUUAACGAGGAUCUCAAGCCUGCUGGUACUGAGCAGAACUUUGGGUUGUAUCACCCUGAUAUGACUGAGGUUUACCAUGUUAACUUCCCAGCCUAG